GUUCGCUUGAAGUAUAAAUGCUUUUCUCAACGUUUAAAAAAUCGCUUAAAGUUAAAUCGUGUGUAAACUUUAACGUUCUCUUGGAAGUUUAGCACGUUUAUUUGCCAGGAGCGGCUGAAGAUGACCUGGUGUUGCUCCGAUUUAAAGAAAAAACUUUGAUUAUUCACCAAAAUACUAUAUGGCAGGGACCUCCUGACACUCUGUGAAACAUGCAAUGAUAAUCAGAAUGGAGUUCGAAAAUAUCGUAGAAUUGGAAAGUGUUUCCGAGUUAGUUGAACUAAUGGCAUGAAAAUCACCUUCCCGUUAUCAUGGAUGAUAAAUCCAAUAAGCUGAUCUUGGUUCCAAUUUUAGCUAUUCUUUUUGUGAUGAUAGGUUAUCAAUAUAUUUGCCCACCUGGCAGUAACUCGUGUCACUUCAGGACUGGGGAUUCAAGGGGGAUCAGCCCACCGCCGGCGCAGUUAUCGCCAAGCGAGGACCUGUAUCGAGACCAGGAGCUGGAAGAUGACUCCCCUCCUAAACUGUCAUCUAAGUUUAACUUCAGCGAAAGAGACCUUAAACGGCACGUGGAUUUCAACAUCAGAGGAAACGACGUGAUCGUGUUUCUGCACAUCCAGAAGACAGGGGGGACCACUUUUGGAAGACACUUGGUGAGGAAUAUUCGCUUGGAGCAGCCCUGCGACUGCCAGCCCGGGCAGAAGAAAUGCACCUGCCACCGGCCGGGUAAAGCGGAGUCUUGGCUCUUCUCGAGAUUUUCGACCGGCUGGAGCUGCGGUUUGCACGCCGACUGGACCGAGCUCACCAACUGCGUUCCGGCCAUCAUGGACAAGAGGGAAGCCCAGAAGAACCGAAGGAACUUCUACUACAUUACCAUGCUGCGGGACCCGGUCUCACGCUACCUGAGCGAGUGGAAGCACGUGCAGCGCGGCGCCACCUGGAAGACAUCCCUGCACAUGUGCGACGGACGGUCGCCCACGCAGGACGAGCUGCCCACCUGCUACAGCGGGGACGACUGGGCGGGCGUCACCCUGCUGGAGUUCAUGGACUGCCCCUCCAACCUGGCCAACAACCGGCAGGUGCGCAUGCUGGCCGACCUGAGCCUGGUGGGCUGCUACAACCUGUCGUCCAUGAACGAGAGCGAGCGCAACCACAUCCUGCUGAGCAGCGCCAAGGCCAACCUGCGCAACAUGGCCUUCUACGGCCUGACGGAGUUCCAGCGCAAGACGCAGUACCUGUUCGAGCGCACCUUCAGCCUGCGCUUCAUCUCAGCCUUCACGCAGAUCAACAGCACGCGCGCCGCCAACGUGGACAUCGGCGAGGACGUGCGCCGCCGCAUCGAGGGGCUCAACUUCCUGGAUGUGCAGCUGUACGACUACGCCAAGGACCUGUUCCUGCAGCGCUUCCAGUUCACCCGGCAGCGCGAGCGGCAGGAGGAGCGGCUGAAGCGCCGGGAGGAGCGGCGCUGGCUGAGGGAGCAGAGGGCCUUCCUGUCCCGCCGCCGGCAGCAGGAGGAGGAGGAGGAGGAGGAGGAGGAGGAGGAAGAAGGAGAGGUGGUGGCCACCACCGAGGACUACGCCAGCCAGGUGGUGCGCUGGUGACGCCGCCGCGUACCUCGCCGCAAUGGAGAGGAGACCUAGCUGGAGAAGGACACAAACG